AUGACCCAGCAAUCUUCCACAGGAGAUGCUGCCAGCGAGACGCCUAGUAACGGCGCGAAUGAUGGUGUCGCGCUGCAGCAAAACUUGCAGAACUUGUCACGACUUGAUCUCGAGAAUCAUCAAGUAGCUGGAAGCUUCUGGUCCACACUGACCUCCGAGGUAAGGGCCUUGGCGAACAUACUGGAGCACGACGAGCAUGACCAGGCAGAUGGCCCGACUACGGAGAAUAUCUUGUCGUUGAAUGAAGCACCAUCUGCUCACACUCAUCCGGCCACAAGCAUCUUCGACAACGAUCCAAUAUUAGCCACACUAAACUCGACACCGACGUCUCCUCAAGUACUAUUGGAACUAGAUACAGACGUGGAAAUCAUUCUGUAUGAGGCUUAUUUGGAGCAUGUUCAGAUCUAUGGGAGGCUAUUUCACAUCCCCACUCUAGACUCGCUCGUGCGCGACAGAGGGUCAUAUAUGGGUAAGCCUGCUAGCUCGCCAUGCAAUAGACUCUUAAGAGCAGCAUUGAUAUAUGCUGGUGCCAACGCUUUGACAAGAAGUGAAUCAAUCUCGAUCAGUAGCAAAACUAAAGACAAGCUCGUUGGGGAGCUAAGGCUUGUGGUCGAAUUUGCAAUGCAUCAAGCUGAUCUAAUGAAUACUACCGACUUGUCCUCUGUGCAGGCACUGUGGCUGUACAUCAGCUCAUUAAGAGUACUUGAUUCCACCCGACGGGCCUGGACGCUAGUCGGCUUACUGGUACGCAUAGCUCGUGCACUCAAUGUCCAUCGAGAUCAAGCAGGAGAAACACCAUACCAAGCACAAUUGCGAAGACGAUUAUGGUACAACGUUGUACAGGUCGACUUCUACUUAUCUUUCGAUCGAGGCGCGGAGCCAAUCAUACAUCCGGACUCGUUCAGUAGAUCGUUGCCAUCGAAUUGCAACGACGACGAAUUUGGUGAGCAUUCAUUGAACGUGCCGAACCACAAUGAACGCAUUACGGACAUGUCCGUGGCACUCAUACAAUUGGAAGGUGCAGCACUGUCCUUGCAAGCCGACCAGCCGAGACUCAAUUGGCAAGACCGUCUGGACAUUGUACGAGGCUUCGAGAAAAAAUUGAAGGACAUUGUUCUCCCUGCUUGCCCACUGGACCAUCCGUCUCGCAAUAUGCUGGUAGGGAUGGUGGAGGCUAUCACUACGAGUCUGACACUGCGCGCUGUCAGGCCUUUCCACUAUAUUCACGGCUCUACUGCUCCGCCGCCUGUCAGCAGCCCCUGGGUAAUGCAAAUCGCGCUGGAUCAACUUCGCUUUGGCGCUGCACUGUGGUCUACGCAUACCGACGGUUGGCGAACACCACCAUGGAUUCCUUGGCAUCCUAUAGCCGUCGUACUUGCGGGGCUUUGCUCGAUCCGUGACAACGUGCUUGCGGGUGAGGCUUGGAGACUCGUCACCCUGUCUUUGGACCACUAUAUGCCUGACAUAGCUGAUUCCAAGGAUGGCAUGUUGUGGAAGCCCAUCGCAAGGCUCUACAAGAACGCUGUUGCUUUCAGAGAUGCCAGUCCACUCAAGUCUCGAACCUCAGCUACCGGCUCAGACACAUUGGACAGCAUUCCUACACCCAAUAAGCCGCUUUUCAGCUCCGAGAAUUGGAGUCUUGACCUCUCAGCCCUGCCAGCCAUAGAAUCUCCUUCUGAGCCUAUGGUUGUGAUGCAGGAUACGCCACAGCCUGACGAUAGCUGGCUCGAUUGGGAAGCCAUUAUGAAGGACAUGGACGAGAUCAUGGCGGGUGAUGACUGGAGUGGCUUCCCGUUUGUCACAUCACAAUAG